AUGAGCUCAUCAGAAGUAUCAGAACAGAAGAGAAAGAGUCAACCAAUACUGGAAAGGGUUCAUGAUCCAAGAACUAUCCAAUACAUCACACAGAGAAUUGGAGAACAAUGGGGAUACAAAUUAUCAAACGUUCAAUUUGCUGAAAAAGAAGGUACUUUGAAAGAUAAAUCAAAAGUUGCAAAUCGGAAACCAGAACCGCUAGGUUUAUAUAGAUACGCUUUAAGAGAUUUAUCAAUCGAAAAGAAACAUGAAACUGAUGAUAUUGUUGGUUAUGUUGAAACUUUAAAUCGUAAAGCAUGGAGAAUUGAUGGCAAAAAUCCAGGUGUGUUGAAAGAAGUUAAUUCUUCUACAAUUGGCUCGGUCUUUACAUUCGCAGAGCAUAGAAAGAAAGGGUAUGCUAAUGUUUUUUUGACAAAGGUUGGUGAGAUACUUGAUGAACAAUUGGGUGAGGAUGCACUCACAAACUUAUAUAGUGGAGUUGGUGAAUUUUACUCCAGAUUUGGCUAUAAAAGUUUUGUGAUUCCAAUUCAUUUUAUCAAAAGCGAAGGCGUGAGUAUUGAUACAAAUGAUUCAAAGUAUGAGUAUCUGGGCUAUGAGGGCUACGACAAACUUAUUGAUGUUCAAAAAGAAUACCUAAAACAGUUGUUGCUUCGAAAGGGGAAAGAAAUUGAACAAAAUGAAACUGUUGUGGCUUUAAUUCCAGAUACAGAUACAUAUACCUGGAUAAAUGAUAAAGAUGCUUAUACCACUGCUGCUCUGAAUCCAGGUUAUGAAUUGAAUAGUUUUGGUGCUGUAUUGAAAGGAUCUAACGAUCAUAUAUUAUGGGUUCAUGAGUGGAAUGAAAACAAGUUGAAGAUUGCUAAAAUAUUUGUUGAAAAUGGUAAUAUUGAAAACUUCAAGAAGCUAAUUCAAAUCUCUAUCAAAGAAUCACAAGAUUAUGGCUUGGAAGGUGUAUUUUUAUGGGACUCUUCUUUAACUGAAGAUAAAUCUUUCCAUGAUACUGCUUUGGAAUAUUUGAAAAGUUUUGCAGGUGCUGUAAUAAAUGGGAGCCAAACCAGUACAACGAUACCAGCAAUUAGGCUACAUGAUAAGACUCCGGCUGAGGGUAUAAAGUGGAUAGAUAACGACUAUUGGUGUUGGUUCUGA